CCCCCUGGCACCCUGGAAGACUCGGUUCGAUCCUGACCUCUUCCUGCGAUACGUGUCGCAAUAUGUAUACAUGUUCCUAUAUAUGUCACACGUUUCGCCCAUGACGAGGACGAAGAUUAGAAACACCAUGCUCGCGGCACGGUAGAAUCCGGAGUAGGGCGGAGAUAAGACUCAUUACAAUUCCAAUGAUAAUCGCUUGUGGUGCACAAUAAUGCGUAGGUGGAGGUUUCUCUGAGCCCGCGCGCGCACGUGAGCUAGGCGUGGAGACGCUCGCGACGAAGGUUAUGGGAUAAUUGCCGGAGUUUCUCACUCGCGAGGAGUAUGGGAAACUUUGUGGGCGACAUCGUGAUAUGCGUGCUGCUGCUACUUUCAGUCAGCAUCAUAUUUGGAACCAGCGAGGUCGUCAAGCUGUUCACAAACAACGGCGAAGAAAUCCUGAAAACGUCCACGUAUAGCUGGAUUUUUCGUCUGUGCUUGAAUUUAUUGGGAUACGCCACUGUGCUGUUGCCGGGUUGCCUUAUAUACAAAUAUGUACGAUAUACAAAGUACAUUCAAAGGGGUGGGAAAGGCUGUAUCCCCAGACUGGUGCAUUCGUGCUUCGUGGGACACUGCGAGACUGGUCUCCUGGACUCGCCGUCUUACGCUCCCAAUGCUUCCACCCAUGCCCAGCGGACAUUUACCCAAGAUGCCCUACUCCUGGCAUAUUGCUUCAUCGGGCUACAAUUUAGUUAUCUGACGUGGGGCUACUUGCAAGAAAAGAUAAUGACACAAGAAUACGAGGAUGCUUCUGGCAAUAAAGGGCGGUUUCAAGAUUCGCAAUUUCUGGUGUUUGUGAAUCGCAUCCUUGCCUUCCUCACGUCGGGAUUAUAUUUACUUAUUCAACGCCAGCCGCAGCACAAGACACCCCUGUACAAGUACGCCUUUUGCUCCUUGUCGAAUAUCAUGAGCAGCUGGUGUCAGUACGAAGCUCUGAAGUACGUCAGUUUUCCAACGCAGGUACUGGCUAAAGCCUCUAAAAUCAUCCCAGUCAUGUUAAUGGGAAAAAUAAUUUCGCACACUACAUACGAGUAUUACGAGUAUGUCACCGCGAUUCUCAUCUCCAUCGGAAUGACGCUCUUUAUGCUGGACAGUUCUGAUCAUAAAAACGAUGGGGCUACAACGCUCUCCGGCGUCAUUUUAUUGGGAGGUUACUUACUAUUAGAUAGCUUCACAAGUACCUGGCAGAACGCACUUUUUACGGAUUACGGUGUGACCAGCGUACAAAUGAUGUGUGCAGUCAACAUGUUCUCCUGUUUGCUGACCGCGAUGUCUCUGUUUCAACAAUCGAGCUUUCCGCUGAUAUUCUCUUUCAUGGCGACGUACCCCAGGUUUAUAGUCGACUGCUUGCUGAUUUCAAUUUGCUCAGCAACAGGCCAGUUGUACAUCUUUUUCACCAUUUCGAAAUUUGGAUCCAUUACAUUUGUCAUUAUAAUGACUAUUCGUCAGGGCCUGGCGAUACUGCUGUCAUGUUUGACCUAUCAUCACGAGUUAAGCGUUGUUGGAGUGUUCGGUAUACUGCUGGUAUUCGGCUCGGUAUUUUUACAAAUUUACUGCAACAAUCGAUUGCGUGCAAUCAGAAGACGCAGAGCCGCGGCAAGCAGUAUAAAGCAUUGAGAGUGGUAUUACCUAGGCAGAAAUGCAAUUUUAAUUAUCGUAAAAGUAGAAUUCUAUCGACUGUUUGCCGUAAUUGUCAUAGAUUAGGGGUCUGUAGUAAUUAGACGUUGGCCGUAAUUGUGGGCGCUAAAUUUUAAUCCUAUUUCAUUUAUAAUCGACACCGUGGUAACAAUGGGGUAAUCUUACCAUGUAGAUCGCGAAUGUACCUUCGAUAGUUUUCGAUCGUGUGGACUUUGCGAAAUAUUUGUUGCAGUAGCCAAUGUAUUGCGCGUGUGUUAACGUAUCUGGGAAGAUAAGUACUUGAAAAUAUGUGAUCUGAAAAAACGUCGGCAUUAUACCAUUACGAAAAGAAAGCGUGUAUGUGUGUGUGUGUUACGCCACAUGUAUUACGGCGUAUUGUAUUAUUUAUUUGAAAAAUAUUUAUUUUGAUAUAAAUGCGUAUACACAACAAA